CCUAGCUUCGCUGUCAUCGCCUGAAGCCAAGAGAAUAUCUGCAAAGCCAUGUUGCAAGUGUGAAGAGCGGCAAUAGUCUCACCACCGGAGAGCUUUCUGGAGUGCUCUCAGUCGAACGCCGGACCAUCAAAGUUCAAGAUGGGCACAGCACGCUAUCUUACGGCACAGAAGAUCAGUCUGCUGGUCUUACUAAGAUCAUACUGUAGUUCCACACUACCGUCUUCAGCAACAAUACCCAUACUUUCCUUCAUCCUCUCAACUACUAUACCUUUAACUUCUUCAAGCGCCAGAUCACAGCGCUCUUCUACGCCCCACGAUCCUUCCUUCUCUAUCCACAGUUUCGAAGAUGUUCUCCAAGGCCAUGCCUCCAACAUGCCCGGCCGCACACUAUUGGACCUGUUCCUCAAGAGUAUGUGGGAGAUGAACUCAUUCGAUGCACUGCACUCCCUCUUCGACAAUCUCGGCGAGCUCCUGGUGACUCCUCCAAAUCAACAAGGGGAUGCGCAAGAGCGCAUCUACCUCUCCAAGACAUCUCCUUUGGGCGUCUUCGUGCGACGGGCACGGCUUGAGUUCGACAGGUUGCAAUUCGAGGACACAAUCGCGCUCUGGUCAUCCUUCGUCAAGUACCGGGCACCCACAGCGCAGUGGACCAAGCGACUUGCCGGACUUGCUGCAAGCGGUGUAGAUGCCGUUGUCGCUGAGAUGGGUAUGCAAGAAGGUGACGACGUCUACGAGAUAGCUUAUGGGGACCUUAACGAGCCAGACGAUGGGACGCAGGGCAUAAGUCUAGACGACCUUGACCGGAUCCUGGAGUUUCAACUUAAUCGCCUACAACGCUUCGGUGACCGGGUGCCCGAAACUAUGAGGACGCAGCUUCGCGGAAUGCUUGCGUCAUCAAGUACGGUACAUCGACAAGCACAUCUUGUCCGGUUCUUUGAUGCCUGGAAAGCAGGAGACUAUACAUCGGCAUUCGACAACUUGCACCGCUACUACGACUAUGCCAUGCAGACCCGCGAGAAGAUCCACUACCAGUAUGCGUUACUUCAUAUGGCAAUAUUGCAAGCCGAUUUUGGUUGCUUCGGCGAAGCAAUCGCUGCAAUCAACGAGACCAUUGCGACAGCACGAGAGUCUCAGGACAUGACAUGCUUAAGCUUUAGUCUGAGCUGGCUCAACCACAUGAACAAAGCAUACCCUAAGCAGAUGAAGGGUGCAGGCUACAUGAGCUUGCUUGGGAGCGAGCGAGAUGCUCUAACGUUUCUGAAAGCGAAGGCUCGGGAGUCCAAGAUGUACAACCUACUGAGUGCAACAUUGCUUAACGAGGCAAAGCUGAGUCUUUCUACGGGUGACUCCAUAUCUCGAGCUUUCGAGCAUAUCUACCAGUCAUCACACCUUGACAUUAAGGAACACGUCAACAACUACGGCGGUCAGAUGCUAUUGCAGUCUACCCUGUACUCUCGUCUCGGGAUACCACAUCUAGCGAACGUACAUUGCGAACUACUCCUCGACUGUCACGGAGCCAACUGCCCGGUCGACGAGAAGCUUCGAGCAGUGGGGAGGCAGGCUUUCAUUAUGAGCCAGGGCGGGCGUUAUGAUGAAGCCAUCGACGCAUUCGAGUCCAUCGACUUGACCGCUCAAAACAAAUCUCUGAAGUUCAAUCAAUAUCUCAUCCUCUGUGUUGGAAUCAUCAAGCUCAAACGCGCUAUUCGAAGAUCCGACUGGUCAACCUGUUCUCACCUGCUCGCAACCCUCAAACCCUCAACAGACCCAUCUUCAGACACUCUUGACCCCGAGCUUCACUUCCUCCUUUCCGAGGCUUACAUCGACUACCUCGCCUCGAAAGGCGAUUACCCGGUAGCUUUCACGACGAUUUCGAACCUCGCGCAGUCGCUUAAGGAAGACAAUGCGGACAUCCUACAACGUGUCUCGGUAUUGCUCAUGAAGGCCGACCUCUUCCGCAGAGUUGGAAAGCCGGAGCGUGGGUUCAGUGUUGCGCUGCGAGCAGCGAGUGUGGCAUACAAAGCGAAGUUGAUGCCCAGCCUGUGGUCUGCGGUUGGCUUGCUCGCAAACAUCUUGAACGGGCUGGGCGAAUGCGCAAGUGCAAAGCGUCUGCUUGAGGCCGUGCUGCCGCAGUCUCUCGAGAACGGAGAUAACAUACUCUCUGGCACGCUGUACUCGCAUCUUGCGGACUCAUUCAUGGGCCUCGCAGAUCCAACAAAGACGACUGAGUCUCGACUACAGACCAGCUAUAUCGCAAAAGCUGAACUGAACAUUGACAGAGCCAGGGAGUGUUUCAAAAGGAGCUCCUACCUAGAUGGCGAGUGUGAACAGCUUAUGAAGAAGGCGAUCAUUGCGAAGCUGAGAGGCGACGAGAAGCUGGCAGAGGAGUGGAGUCAGAAUCACAACCGAGUGUGGGAAGAGGGUAUGAGCAGCAUCGAGCAAACCUGAGAAGAAUGGGCUGCAAUGUGGAAUAGGCGGUAGUAGGAGCAUGCACAAGAGCAAAGCGGACACAGAUCAG